AUGGCUCUUCUUAAUCGUUUGAGAAUACAAUUUAGUGGAGAUACAAAACAAUUACAAAAACAAACAGAUGCAUUAAAAAUUGGAAUUCUUGGCGCAGCUAAUAUUGCGAACAUCGCAUUAAUUAAUCCCGCAAGUAAAUUGCCCAAUGUUUUAAUCUAUGGUAUUGCUGCAAGAGAUCGACAACGAGCUGAAACAUUUGCAAGAAAACAUUCUAUACCAAAAGUUUAUGAUAAUUAUGAUGAAUUAUUAGCUGAUCCAGAUAUAACAAUGAUUUAUAAUCCAUUACCAAAUGGUCUUCAUUAUGAAUGGACAAUCAAAGCUUUACGUAUGGGUAAACAUGUACUUUGUGAAAAACCAUUAGCGAAUAAUACGGAUGAAGCACGAGAUAUGGUUGAAGAAGCUAGAAAACAAAAUCGUUUACUUGUUGAAGCAUUUCAUUAUAGAUAUCAUCCAUUUUGUAAUGAAACAUUAAGAAAUAUUAUGUCGAAUAAAAAUGAUAUUGGUGCUAUUCAAAAUAUAUCAUGUACUUUUACUGUUCCAAUAAGUUUUAUGCAAAAUAAUGAUAUACGAUUUCAAUAUCCUCUUGGUGGUGGUGCUCAAAUGGAUCUUGGUUGUUAUUUAAUAUCAAUGUGUCGAUUUAUUGUGAAUACAUAUAAUAAUCGUAAUGAGAAUGACGAAGGUCAAUUUGAAAUACAAAAAGCUGAAGCCUUACGAGUUUCUCCAACGAAUCCUCAAAUUGAUUAUGGUAUGAGAAGUGAAUUUCUAUUAGAUGGUAUAAAAUGUAAUACUUAUAAUGAAUUUACUAAUAAUUGGUCAUUUUUCAAACAUCAAAUAGUAGUUGAAUGUGAACGUGUAACGAUUACAAUUGCUUAUCUAAUUGCACCAGUUUUUUAUCAUUAUUUAACAAUACGUCAACGUGAUAGUGGUCAAACACGUACAAUAAAAAAUUAUAGUGAUAAUCAAUCAACUUAUUAUUAUCAAUUAAAAGCAUUUGCAGAAGCAGUUCGAACGAUUCAAAAUGAAGGUUCAAUUGAUAAAGCAUAUGAAAUAGCGUAUACAACUGGAAAAAGUGGAAUUCGUAAUAUGGAAAUUAUUGAUGAAAUUUAUCGUAAAGCUGGACUUGUUGUACGAGGAACAAAGAUUUAA